AUGGCGCACGUAAUCGGUCGAAUUUAUUUGCGGACGGGGGCUGUCCUCGUAUUGGCAGGAAGCGCCUCGGGUCGCGUCGCUGGGAAGAUGGGUGGAUAUUCUAACAAAAUGGGAGGAAAGUCAACCAGCGGUAUCAACGAAGAGAUAAUUUGGAUAAGCAUAAGCAUGGCCAUCGCGAUAGCUGUUUUGAUCGCCAUCGCUCUAUGUUACAUACUGAAGGAGAAGUGCACUAAACGCCAAGCCUAUAAAGAACAAUCAUGA